GCCAGGGAAAGCUGAGGUGAAGGUCACCAGUCCUCGGAGGAACCGGGGGUGUGAGCCAGCCGUGUGACCCUGGGUGGCAGUGCUGCAGGGGCGAGCUGGUGACAGCUGGCCUCUGAGGGGGCCACCGGGGUAGGCGGAGGGGAAGGCCCCCUGCAGCUCAGCUUUCAUGGCUGUGCUCCCCAUGGGAGGCCCCCGAGGCUGGCUUUGGCUCCCCAGCCCUGCGCCAAGUGAGAGGGGCGCCUUCUACCCCCACCCGUAGUGUGGGUGCGGGGACCAACCACAGGGAGCCUCAGAAGGUCUGCUGGCCCCCUCCCCUGUGCCCCACACACCCCUGAAGCUUCCAGAGGUUCUGACUGCUGAGCUCCUGUGUGUGUGUGUCUGUCUGUCUGGGAGUGAAGUUCCUGGCGGGGGGACGCAGGACUGGGUGUGGGGGAGUACGUGCUUCUCUGAGGGGAGGGCAUGUCCCUGGGUCCAGCAUGGUGCUACCAUGAGAGUGGGAGGCAGGGGACUGCGCCUGUGGUGGCUGUCUACCUGGCAGCUGUGAGCUGAGCCCAGGUGGGGAUCCUGGGGUGCCGGGGAGGAGCCUGUGAGGAGACUCCCACCGCCAUCCUGAAGAGGGCAGGCACCAGCUGCCUCUGCUCAAGGAUAGGGGGUAGCCACAGCCCGUCCAAGGUCCAGGUGCCCUCACUGGCUCAUUGCCGCCACUGCCCCCAGAGGCGCAUGGCCCUUUAAAGGCUGAGCAGGAGCGUGAGCUUGUGAACGUGUGAGAGGCCAGCUGGGAGAACGCUGAUGCCGUGAGGGGACAUGAGGGGAAACCGGGUGGCCCCAGGGAUGGGGCCGGAUGGCGGACACCUCCUCCCACGCUGCACUCCUGGGACAUAUUGACGGCCCAGCUAGGUGGUGGACCAAAGCGGUGGUUUUGAAAUUCCCCUGGAAGCGGAGGACUGGCCCUCCUCCCCCUCUUCCGGCAGUACCUCCCCCACCUGGCAUCCUCUCGGGGCUCCCACCUCGGUGUGCUGGAGUUAAAUGGCUGAUAAGCAGAUCAGUCUGCCAGCCAAGCUCAUCAAUGGCGGCAUCGCUGGGCUGAUAGGGGUCACCUGCGUCUUCCCCAUUGACCUGGCCAAGACGAGGCUGCAGAACCAGCAGAAUGGCCAGCGCAUGUACACCAGCAUGUCUGACUGCCUCAUCAAGACCAUCCGCUCGGAGGGCUACUUCGGCAUGUACCGUGGAGCCGCCGUGAACCUGACUCUCGUCACCCCCGAGAAGGCCAUCAAGCUGGCAGCUAACGACUUCUUCCGCUAUCACCUCUCCAAGGAUGGGCAGAAGCUGACCCUGUUUAAGGAGAUGCUGGCGGGCUGCGGAGCUGGCACCUGCCAGGUAAUCGUGACCACCCCCAUGGAGAUGCUGAAGAUCCAGCUUCAGGAUGCAGGACGCAUUGCCGCCCAGAAGAAGAUACUGGCUGCCCAGGCCCACCUCUCAGCCCAGGGGGGUGCCCAGCCCUCGGUGGAGACUCCGGCUGCCCCCCGGCCCACGGCCAUGCAGCUGACCCGGGACCUGCUGCGGACCCGCGGCAUCGCCGGCCUCUACAAGGGACUGGGGGCCACGCUGCUCAGGGACGUCCCCUUCUCCAUCGUGUACUUUCCCCUCUUCGCUAACCUGAACCAGCUGGGCCAGCCGGCAUCUGGGGAGAAGUCUCCUUUCUAUGUGUCCUUCCUGGCCGGCUGCGUGGCCGGGAGCGCAGCGGCCGUGGCCGUCAACCCCUGUGACGUGGUGAAGACGCGGCUCCAGUCGCUCCAGCGCGGUGUCAACGAGGACACCUACUCGGGGAUCCUGGACUGCACCAGGAAGAUCCUGCGGCACGAGGGCCCCUCCGCCUUCCUGAAGGGCGCCUACUGUCGCGCGCUGGUCAUCGCCCCGCUGUUCGGCAUUGCUCAGGUGGUCUACUUCCUGGGCAUCGCCGAGACCCUGAUGGGGCUGCUGCAGCGCCCCCAGCCCUGAGCCCAGGGCCGCCCCACGCCCACAGCUGAGCGGGACCAGAGUGGGGCUGGAGCCGGGCGGCCAGCCCAGGACCAAGCAAGAGAAAGUCUCUCCCCAACCCCCCGACAUGGGCGGGGGGGGGCAGAGGAAGGGGCACGGGGUCCACACAGUGGUGCACACACAGGCCCCUACGGGGUCCUGCCUGCACGACUACUGGGAUCAAUGUCUUAUUUAUGUAGAAAACGCAGAAAUCUUUACAUUCCCGGAACCAGCCCUGCCCCAGCUCCACCCUGGCCUGAACACCCCCAGGGACAGAGCUGGUCUCUGGGCUGGGGGCCCCAGGCCUGGGCUGGGCAAGCUGGACCCUACCCUCCAGUCUACCAGCUCUCGUCCCCGAGGCUUGGCCCCUAGUCCACAAAGGGGACCCCGCACAAACCUAUUUAUUAACUUGCCAGGCACAAGUGGUUCUGUCCAUCCCUCCGUCCGUCAGUCCAGCCUCCCCCUGCUGCUGCUCUUGCCCUUGGCCAGAACUCUACUUUGCCCCCCACCCCGGCCAGCCUUGCAGGAGGAUCGGGGUCUCCUGCCCCCCAUAUUGAGCCAGGAAUCCCGGGCAGGGGUCACACUGAAUUCUGACUCCCAGGGCAAGCACCCCCCCACUGUGGGACCCAGCAUCCCUUCUGGUGGGCCCCUCUGUCCCCACCCCAGGCUGGGGGCCCAGAGCAUGUGAGGUGUGUGUGCAUGUGCGAAUGUGGUGGGUAGCAGGUUGUGCCCACCAGCCCUCAGCUGGCCUGGCCCCUCAGGGAUGGGGCUGUGGGGGGGCUGCUGCUCUCCCCCACGUGGCCAGGCAACGUAUGUGUGUGCAGUGUGUGUGUGUAUGGUUCGUGCCCCCUAGGUUCCCCGCUAACCCCGUCCAGAAAUUUAUUUCUCCUGCCUGGCCCCUCUUCUGGGACCCCCACCGCACGUCCAGGAUUGGCCAAGCAGAGGGCAGACAUAAGGACCAGUAUGGAGCCUAGGGCACCUGCUCUGCUUUACGGGGGGGGGGGGGGGGGGGCAGGAGCUCCCUCCGCCCUGGGAGGGCGGGUCUUGCUCUCUGGGCCUCUGCUUGAGGCCCCGGACCACACCCUCUAAAGCUCCGCCCUCCCAGCCCCGACCCACUGACGUUGUGAAUUGAGGCAGGCCGCCCUGCCCCGCCCCCGGUCACGUGAUUGUGUUGGUGAUUGACCUUGACCUGGUGCUGUGUCCCCCAACCCGGCCCCUGUGGAGGCCCCUUCCAGUGACACUACCUGGGGCUCCGGCCUGGGCCCCACUAGUUCGAGGUUGUUGCUGGGAGCUGCCCUCUCCCACCACAUCUGUACCUUGGAAGCUGCUGCUGCUGCUUACAGAAUUCUAUUUUUUCUUUUGAAGAGUUUUAAGAAGUUGUAACUUUUUGUGUCUUGUCAUGUAAGAAGAUAAAUAAAUAUUCUAAGUAGA